GAAUCAGUUGGAGUCCACUGUCUUGCUUACAACCUAUUUGACAACAACUUAUUUCUUAUUCAAAUAAUAAGAAAGCAAGAAUUUACUUCUUGACUGGUCAUACAAAUUGAGAAUGGAGAGGUGCAUAGUGAGUGUGAGCUGUGUGAAUGGGUGUGGCUUUACACUCCAACACUGAAACUUCCUCUGACAUUCAGGUAAGAGCUCCUGGGGACAAUUUGUCACGCCACUGCUGGAUAACAUUGGAUUCAUGCUUGAAACUAAAUAAAUAAUAAAAAGAUAAUACUAGGACAAGAAAGGUAAUGUCAGAUGUAAAUGUCCUAAGGCAGGAACACGUGUGAAUUGGAAAUUGAUUUUUUUUUUUUUCAAAAAGGAAAGUCUGCAUAGUAUUAUGAAGUGCCUAAUUUAUUGUACACCUGCAUCUUUUCGGCUUGUGAAAAUGCUCUACCGCAACGUGAAUUGUAUUAUUACUGUCUUAUCCAGACAUAAUUAAUGUCGAUUAGCUUAAUAAUUAAUAGUCUAAUUUGUAGGGUUUUUUGUGACCAUCCACCGAAUGCUCCACAAGGUAAAAUAGCAAUCCACGUUCGAGUUCAUGUCCAUAAAAGCCAAAGCAUUUGCUUCGCAUGUAAAUCCGUUUUGAACCGACUACAAGGUUAUGGGUACACCCAGGACACAAGCUACAACGUUUCACUCCAGAAAAUGCAGAGGGGAAACUUUCUGAUAGUUGAGACCCUCUGCAAUUACUUUCUUCGGCCAAUCAGGAGCAAGAAGCAAAGGAAAACAAAGUAUGUGAUUGGACUAAAAGUCUCGGUUUCAAGGCGCCCCAUAAGAGGGGCAGUGAGUCUGAAUGAGGGGUACCUGGAAACCGCCGGCGCACAUUACAGUCUGUACGCUGAGCUCGUGCGCAAAAGCUUCCAGGGAGAGGUACGCGUGCGCGACCCCGAACAGACGCGCGGUAGAGAGACGCUGCUGCACGGAGAAAGACCCGCGUCCUGCAAAAGCGUGUGUCUCCUGCUCCGAAAUCGACGGAGAAGCCCUGGAGGAGAAGUAUGUGUCUGGCGCCCAGAAACAUGCAGGGGUCUUUGUGAACGCUGUGACCAAUGGAAAAGUUAACCUCGAGAAGAGCUUAGUGGACUUACACUCUUAAAUGCAGUUUUCUGGAUUCCACGAAAACGCAACUUUCUGACCACGAUAAGCAGUUUGCACACAGGGACUGUAACGUCCUGCCCGAGAGAUUGGGCUCCGUGUUUGUUCCGACUGAGAAGGGAUUCGUCCUAACUUCUGCUGAACAUGCUUGCUUGGACGCCACGAGUAACUUGGUGUUGAGAAGACGACGCAGGCGAAGACUUAGGACUUGGAAGGCAUUUUCUUUACCUGCAAUCGUGAGAAGUCGUUUUCUCGCUAAUAUUUUUGCGCUGUCGAAUCGCAGUACCACAGUGAGGGCGAAGUGAAAACAAUUUGAUCGAUCCGUUAUUUUUCCUUUGAUUUAUUUUAGAAUGAUGGCUUGUGCCAAAAUACCGGUCUUUGCGGGGACUGUUGGAUAUUUCUUUCUGACUUUGUGUCUGUGUUUCCAGCCAAGUAGCGCUCAAUAUCACGGAGAGAAGGGGAUCUCCAUUCCCGAGCACGGCUUCUGCCAGCCUAUUUCUAUACCGCUUUGCACGGACAUCGCAUACAACCAGACUAUCAUGCCGAACCUUUUGGGUCACACCAACCAGGAGGAUGCCGGGUUGGAAGUGCACCAGUUUUAUCCCCUGGUGAAGGUGCAGUGCUCGAUGGACUUGAAGUUUUUCCUGUGCUCGAUGUACGCGCCGGUGUGCACGGUUCUGGAGCAAGCCAUCCCCCCGUGCCGCUCCUUGUGCGAGCGCGCGAGGCAAGGCUGCGAAGCGCUCAUGAACAAGUUCGGUUUCCAGUGGCCCGAGAGACUGCGCUGCGAGAACUUCCCCGUCCAUGGCGCCGGUGAGAUAUGCGUUGGUCAGAACACGUCGGAGACCGGAGGCCCCACGUCUGACCCGACGCCUUACGUGCCCGAACUGAUCACACUGCCGCCCAACAUAGGCAAACCCAGUCAGCAAUUCACGUGCCCGUUGCAACUGAAAGUCCCCAGUUAUCUGAACUACUACUUCAUGGGGGAAAAAGACUGCGGCGCUCCAUGCGAACCCACCAAGCCCAACGGCUUGAUGUAUUUCCGAGAAGAGGAGGUAAAGUUUGGUCGGCUUUGGGUGGGCAUUUGGUCGAUUUUGUGUUGCGUGAGCACUUUGUUCACUGUACUUACAUACUUGGUGGACAUGAGACGGUUCCGGUACCCAGAGAGACCCAUCAUCUUUCUCUCUGGCUGCUACUUCAUGGUGGCUGUUGCCUAUGCAGCAGGUUUCUUCCUGGAAGACAAAGUCGUUUGCAUCGACAAAUUCAACGAUGACGGCUACAAGACUGUAGCACAGGGAACGAAGAAAGAAGGGUGCACCAUUCUUUUCAUGAUCCUUUAUUUCUUCGGUAUGGCGAGCUCCAUUUGGUGGGUCAUUCUCUCCCUUACGUGGUUCCUCUCUGCGGGAAUGAAGUGGGGGCACGAGGCCAUUGAGGCCAACUCUCAGUACUUCCACCUCGCCGCCUGGGCCGUCCCCGCGGUCAAGACCAUCACGAUCCUGGCCAUGGGGCAGGUGGACGGCGACCUCCUCACCGGGGUGUGCUACGUCGGCAUUUACAAUGUGGACUCGCUGCGCGGGUUUGUCUUGGCGCCCCUUUUCGUCUACCUCUUCAUCGGCACCUCCUUUCUCCUGGCGGGGUUUGUGUCCCUGUUCCGGAUCAGGACCAUCAUGAAGCACGACGGCACGAAGACGGAGAAGCUGGAGAAGCUGAUGGUGCGCAUCGGGGUGUUCAGCGUACUUUACACCGUCCCUGCAACUAUAGUAAUCGCCUGCUAUUUCUACGAGCAGGCAUUCCGCGAGCACUGGGAGAAAACCUGGCACAUGCAGACCUGUAAGCGCUUUGCUGUACCCUGUCCUGUCAAUAAUUUUGCUCCCAUGUCCCCAGACUUCACUGUUUUUAUGAUUAAGUAUCUGAUGACCAUGAUUGUGGGCAUAACAUCUGGGUUUUGGAUAUGGUCUGGCAAAACACUGCAGUCUUGGCGCAGGUUUUAUAAAAGACUCAGUAAUAGUAACCAGGGUGAGACAACAGUAUGAAACGAGAGAACCUGUGAGUCACACACACAUACACACACACACGCGUUGAGAUUUUAAGGUUUGAGAGGCCUGGAUGACCCUUUUUUCCUGAGACAUUUUCUCCAUAACAGAGCGCAAGCAUAGAACUGAACUCAAGAUCAAGCCAAACUAAUAUGCUUAAGCUAUGUGAACAGUCAUUUGCUUUGUACAUUUUUUUUUGGGGGGGGGGGGUGAAAAUAGAAUUGUGUGGACACUUAUGUGCGCCAAGAUGCUCCCAAAAUUACAGACAGCUGUUUGACCAUGCCGUCUCCCCCCCCGUCUGUGAGAAAGAUAUUUGACUAUAUCUCUAUGUAACAGUAUAAUUUACACAUGUGAUCUCUUCAGAUUAAGACAUAUAGGCCUACAUUUUGAAACAGUGCUCUAUUUGGCACAACAUGCCUAAUUCUCAUUACUGUGGAAUCCUGAUUCUAUAAUUGAAAGUUGAACAUGUUUUGCCUUACAAAUGUAUCCUCUCUAGUUUUAUAUGGACUUGUAUCACUUUCACAGCCUCUCGCUGACAAUCAUGCAUAGUUCUGUGGCACAAAUGGACUGACAAAUGCGCAUUGGGGUUGUGGGCUAUAUGCAUGUGUACAGCUGUGAAAUUAUGCAAGCUCCUUUUUAAACUACGUAACAUGUAAAUAAUCACCUUUUCCUAAAGAGUAUAUGUAUUUAUGAAGAUAAUCUUGCAAUCUUGCUGUUUUUUACUUGAUUUUUAAAACAAAAUUGGUAAGAGGUCAUUUGUAUAUGUACAGUUUCACUGAAUAAAAUGAUUAGAUUUUUAA